GUCACGGCUUCGAUAAUCCGGGAAUGUCUGUGUAUAUAAGUGCAGAAAAACGAUGUGGCGCGAUAGAACGUUAACAGCACUGUGCAAUAUUGCCGAUCGCCAGUACACGCGAAAUAAGACGAUAUCUGCUUGUAUAUGACGUGAUCUAACCGGAUCUGCUUUACGUACUUACGCGGAGAAAAGAGCUCCACUUUUCCAUCUAGUUGUCUACCAACCGGAGAUCUAAAAUAUCUCGGACGAAAAUGGCCAGAAAAGUGUUUCACGUCAUAUUGAUUAUUUCAUUGUUGACCAGUGCUCAUCUAGGGAUGGCUGCCCCUAAUUGGGUGACUGAUUUUACAAACAAUAUCAAUAGAGAGGUAAUGAGUUUAACGAAAAAUUUGGAAACACAAAUAAAUUAUACAGUACAACAAACGCUUGCGGAAGUCAACAAAACACUCGAAAAUCUACCAAGAGAUGGACAAGGACGUUUAAUAACAAAUGGACAAGUAACAACUGGCGGCAACUUCAUAAAUGUCAAGUCUGUAAAUGGUGUUAGUAUGACACAGACAAUCAAUUCUGGUUAUAAAAACGGAGAACCAUACGUGCUUGUUGUUAAAGAACGAAAUGAUGGGAAUUAUCUUUAUCACGACGAGACUUCUUACUAUCCAAAAACUAAUGCUACCGAGAGAAUUCAUUGGAGAUUGGAUCUCACAAAUUCAGAUGCUGAACCUGAAUUCUUCCCGAAUGAGCAAUAAAACAAUACGUUUUUAUUUUCAUGUUCUAUAUUAUGGUAUACAAUUUGUUUUGCUUGAUCCAUUAUUGUAUAAAUUUUUCUAUUAAUAAAUGUAUUUGGCUGAAUUUU